AGUCGACUUUGACAGCUGUUUGUGUAUUGACUUUUGGUUUCAGUUUUGGACUGUCACAUGAAACUAACAGGGUGUUUGGUUGUUUUUCUUGUUGUGUGAUUUAUAUCUUGCGGUCAUGGAUGUGUACAGGGUCAUACGGAGGUAUUCUGUUGUGUUCCUUUUGGCUGUUUCAUUGAAAAAUGUUGUGUCAACACCAGUUUCUCAGUUUUCUAUGGCAAGAAAGUUGACCAGUGCCUUAUAUAAAGAUGACUACAUGCAGAAACGACAACACAUCAUUUCAGACGAGCAGGAUCAAAGACUCGGAGGUGAAAUAGUUUUGAAUAAAGAUGAACAGGCCGUGAAUGACAAAUUGUUAAAACUAAAACAAACUGAAAUAGACAAUGCACAUUACCAAGGGAAACCGUUUGGUCCUGCUAUGAACUUCUUAAAAUCAAAGUCUGUUUAUGAGGAAAGCCAAAUUUUCAAGUUGAUACAAACGAUGCCAAAAGGCGGCGCACUACACGUACAUGACUGCUCCAUCUCAGACAUCAAGUGGUUGGUAAAGAAUGUCACGUAUAGAGAUAACUGUUACAUGUGUUACGAUCUCAAAAAUGAAAUAUCAUUUCAGUUCUUUCAAACACCACCAGUUAACAAAGAUUGCCCAUGGAAACCAGUUGGUCAGUACAGACAACAGUCGGGAAAUGUAUCUCAUUUUGAUGAUACGUUGAUUAAGUCUAUGAUCCUUACUGGCGAAUAUGCAGACUUAGACAUUAACACUAUAUGGCAAAGGUUUGAGGGAAUACUUACUCGGGCUAACGGUCUGAUCAACUAUAAACCUGUAUUUAGCGACUAUUAUUAUGAAGCACUACGGGAAUUCAAUGAAGAUAAUGUCCAGUAUGUGGAGGUCCGAGCACUUCUUCCUGAGGUAUACGAACUGGAUGGUUCCACGCUUAACACCCAGCAAGUCAUGCAGAUUUACAAAGAUACAACAGACAGGUUCCUAGCUACAAAUAAAAACUUUACUGGAGCAAAAAUUAUAAAGACAAAUCUUCGGUUUAAAUCUCCAGAUGAUAUUCUAGAUGAUAUUAAAAAUUCAAUACAAUUAAUGCAGCAGUUCCCAGAUCAUUUUGCUGGAUAUGACCUGGUUGGUCAGGAAGAUCCGGGCAAGACACUGUUGUAUUAUAUAGACGCGUUGAGAUAUCCCUCUCUACAAAGUCCACCUAUAAAACUGCCGUACUUCUUUCACGCUGGAGAAACUGAUUGGCAGGGCACGAGAGUAGAUGAUAAUCUGAUAGAUGCAGUAUUGUUGAACACUUCAAGAAUAGGACAUGGUUAUGCUUUACCGAAACAUCCAGAAGUUAUGAAAAUAGUUCGGCAGCAAGAUAUUGCUAUCGAGGUUAAUCCAAUAUCUAACCAAGUUUUAAAGCUUGUGGACGACAUGCAGAAUCACCCGGGUUCGGUGUUAUUAGCUGAAGGACUUCCGGUUGUUAUAAGUUCAGAUGACCCGGCUGUGUGGGGAGCAAAGGGACUUUCCUAUGAUUUCUACGCUGCUUUUAUGGCAUUGUCAGGCAAAGACGACGGACUAGAAGUUCUAAAACAACUUGCUAUGAAUUCGCUAAUAUAUAGUGCACUUGAAGAUAAGAAAAAAGUUCAAGCAUUGAAAGAUUGGGAGGAGAAAUGGAAAACGUUUAUAGAUAAGACAGUCGGACAGAUGAACGGAAGUAUCUUAAUCGGAUAAAGUGCUCAUUAAAUUUAUUGUACACUGGUGCUGAGAAAUGCUCAGAUAUUGAAGUUCUGUUUAACAAUAUUUCCUCUCACAAAACAUUUUACACAGCAUUCUGACCCCAUGAGGAAACCAACAUACCACUAGUGCACAAAUUUCUUCUUUUUUUUUUACUUUUUACAAUUUUAUGAAAGAACAUAAUUCCCACUUACUAUGGUACCAUUUUUAAUUUUUUCUGUAUUUAUUGCGCAAAUCAGCUUAAAUAAACUGGCAUGUAUUUUCCCGCGGCGAGUACAUGAUAGGCGCUUUCUAAGACCCCACAAGUGUUGUUUCUAUCUAUUUUACUGAGUUGACUAUAGUCAUAAUCAAUUGUUCCUUGUCAUUCUGUUAUUUCUCAUAUAGCAAAGUCGACUAAAUUAAUUUCUUAUACAUGGAUGUGUGGAUAUGUUUUUACAAUCACAAUUUUCAUGACUUACUAUAUGCAGCUAUAAAUGCUUAUUCAAACGCUUCUUCAUUUUCCAAAAGGUGUUCUUGAAAGUCGUUUGCGAACAUAUCUUAUUUAAAUUUUUAAACGUACUCACAACGCUUGCAUUUUUGCUAUUGUAAGUAACUGUAGCUCUCAGUCUGCUUUAUAUCUUACCACUGGAAUAUCAGCUAAACAAUUAUUUCAAAUAAUAUAUAAAUAAAUAAAUGAGAUGCAGACACUAUGUGUUUUAUUGCCAAACGGCGUACAUGUUUAACAUUUAUAAAGUACUUAGCAUUAAAAUAACUUAAUUGUGAAUGUCGAUCUUCCUAUAUUAAUAGAUACAAAUAUCCUAAAAUAAAUAUUUAUUAUAAAAUAAGCAAAGUUGUCGCAAAUAAACAAACACUUGAUGGAUUUAUAAAAAAUCACAACAUCACGAGAGCAGGCGGGCAUGGCGUUUCAGUUCGUAAAUUUAAGUAUAGCUACCAAUAAUAUAAAUGUUACGUAAUAUAAUGGUUUGAUGAAAACGUUUUAUUAAUACAUGUACAUGUAUUUCGGGAAGUUCUGUCCUGCGUCGAUAAAAUAUCACAACGCACCAAAGAUAAAGAGUGAGACGACUUUGGAAAGUAGGAAUAGUGUACGCGGUA